AUGAUGAGCGGCUACCACUGGAACAUCUCAGACUUCCCCACGCCCAUUUUUGGAUCAUACGAAUCAUGGAAUCUAAACCGCAGUCUUUGCGCCGAUCGCUACUCCCGAUAUAGUGCUUACGGAUAUACCGAGGGAAACGAGACAUCUCGAAUGCACGAUUGGCAUAGCGAAUCAGUUAGAUCUAGCAAGGCAGCCGAAAUCGACUGGGAGCAUGUGGACUGGGCCCAGUUACAACAGGAAUGCCUGCAGCGCAAUGCCCUCCGAUAUAGUACGACCGAGCCAAAUGAGAAGAGUAUCUGGGGUCUCUACAGGUCGCUCGAUCCGGAGAUGCAAAAGACGCCGCCUCCGGAAUCAUCUCUUAAGCAUUUGGAGGAAACAAGAAAAGCAGCCCAGCCUAAGCCGAAGCCUCGGACGGGUGUUAUUUUGCGCUCAUGGAUUGGUAUGGAGUAUACCGAGAACGAUUUGUACAACAUUCGGUCUAUGAUCAUGGAGCUGUCUCUCUACUCGGGAGGAGAGUACGAGGUUAUUCUCCUAGUCGACUGCCAGGACAAGCAAUUGCCCAAAGAGAACGAUGACGCUGCCUGGACCGCAUUCAAAGAGAAGCAUUUACCCCAAGAACUGCGAGGAUUGGCAGUCUUUUUCAAUGACAAAAUGCUCAAGGACUGGUAUCCUGAGAUUGACGUCCAUGUAGCGAUAUUGCAAUAUUUCCAGCCCACACAGAUCUUCUCACGGCUGCAUCCUCAAUACGAAUACAUCUGGCAGUUUGAGAUGGAUGCACGGUAUACCGGGCAUAUGUACGACCUCUUACACCAAGCAACAGAGUUCGCGAAACAGCAGCCCCGGAAAUAUCUAUGGGAACGUAACUCCUAUUUCUACAUUCCCGCCGUCCAUGGCACCUGGGAGGAGUUCACCAAAAAGAUAGACCAGGAAAUGCCUGGACAUGACAGUAUCUGGGGCCCUCGCCCUGCGGAGGGAAUCGAAAUCGAAGGACAAUCUCCUUUGCCACCCGUUCCACAUCCAGAAGAAGAGUCCGGAAUAUGGGGCGUGGGUGAAGAAGCCGAGCUCAUUACCUGGCUCCCCCAUUUCGAUCCGACUGAACAAGAGACGCCCCGACGAGCUGCGGUCGUAGCUAUGUCUCGCGUCUCGGCGCGGUUACUUCGCCUUUUGCACCAUGAUAAAGUGAAAAUGGGAGUUGGGCUCGCUUCGGAGAUGUCGCCUAUAUCUUGGGCUCUGUACUAUGGUCUGAAGGCUGUUCAGAUUCCUCACCCGGUGUACCAUGAGUCCAAGUGGGACCCACAGGUAUUGAAUCGCCGGGCCAAUCCGGGUGAGCCUGGCAUGGUCAAUGCUGGAAUCGACAGUAUUUGGAGUUGGGACAAGCAUAAUGAUAUCAUUUACAACACGACUUUCAUGUUCAACUCGAAGUUUUCAGAGAAGUUGUAUAGAGCCUGGAUGGGCUUUGAUGGCGCCGAAGAGUGGGAAAAAGAGAAUAGUCGACUUUGUCUUCCCCCUAUUUUCCUACAUCCAGUCAAGAACCUGGAAUCGAAGAAGAGAAAAGUGGGCUGA